AUGGCAAGUCAGAAGGAAGCACCCCGCGGGGAGGACUACUCAACUCAGCGCCUUCGACAGCGAUAUCGAUUUACCGAUCCCAAUAUGGAUCUCUUCUUCCUUGGAGCCCUUGGAUGGGGUCCGGCAGGGGGAUUGUCCGUCGGUGAGGCGUUUCACGCAGCGUCGCAAAUCAUCGACGGCGACGUAGGCUCCUGGGCUGAUGCAUUUGCGAACCUCGGAGCUGCGCAGAACGCGCAGGCCGAGACAUGGCAACGACGUGGCUGGACCCGAGCCGCGGGUGAGACACGGCUGAAAGCAUUUGCAAGCUACCGGCUGGCGUGGCAAUUCGUCGGUCCUGGCGAGCGCUUCAUGUCACUGUUCCGCACUCAUCAGAGACUUUUCGCCCAGGCCAUGACAGAACUGGCUUUCCCAUGCACAAGCUUUACUGUCCAAUACCAAACUGGAAAUCUUCCCGGAUACUUCUACCAGGCGAGCGAUCCUUCAACGCCCACCGUGUUGGUGAUAGGUGGAGCAGACUCCUGUCACGAAGAUCGCUUCCUGUCGCAAGGACGCCAUUUAUUUGACCGAGGCUAUUCAGUCGCCUUGGUCGAUCUUCCGGGCCAGGGCCUCGUACAGGAACAGGAACUAUUCUGGGAGAAUGAGACUGAGCGGUCGAUUGCAGCAGUGGUUGAUCACUUGAUUAGUCGCUUUGAUGUGAGCCCACGUAAGUUGGUCCUGCUGGGAAUGAGUCUCGGCGGGUACUUCGCCUGCCGGGCUGCAGCACAUGAGCGGAGAUUGGCGGCAAUUAUUGCGACAACCCCCCUUUAUCGGCCGGGGGAAUUGUUCAGGGAAGUGGCAAAAGGACUUGCUGAAGGUGGCGGCGACAAGUUAUCGGACGCCGCACGGAAAAACUUCGAGGUGCUGGCAUGGAAAGCCGGUGUUUCUGACAUAGCAGAUCUGGCUGUGCAGUGGGACGGUGCGAACGCAGAGCCGAACAAAGUCGAGAUUCCAUUCUUGUCGGUCGUUGGCGCACAAGAAGGUUCGGUGUGGAAGAAGCAGGCGAAGGAAUGGCAUGCAGCCAUUCUUUCAAGCAAGAAGAGCUUCGUCGAGCUCAAUGCUGAAACGGGCGCCGAUGUGCAUUGUCAGGGCAAUAACACACUUAGAUUGGUUCAGGAGGUGGAUGGAUGGCUACGUGAGAUCUUGCCACAGUCCUGA